AUGGACCGCCCCACGCGUGAGCACGUCCUUAUCAAUGGUCGGGCUUUUGAACGAUACAAGAAGUCCGACCAUGCUCCUCUAGUCCCGCACACAUUCGUCCCCGUGCCGGCCUCUUCGACCAGAUGUGCUGGCUCAACACGGGCUGCUGUAACCGCUCCCCAACCGCGUAUGGCUGAGGUCAUGAGCAUCAACGACAUCCUUCUGGAAAGAGCCAGGAGGGUUCAAGAGCUUCAACUAUCAUUGUCAUACGAUUGGGGCCAACAUCCCCAUGACUUGAUCGCGGGCAUCACUCCUCUUCCAACACCGCCCGGACAAGCCGAGCUCAUGUACGACGACGCAAUCGGAAUGAACAGAGGUCUGCCGGUUUCAACCCACGUCCACCACGCCCACACCCAGGAACUCCAAUGUCAAAACAGGCCAUGCAUACAUGGUUAUGGAGGCCGAGGACAGACUAAACGCACUUACCUACCUCAUCAUCCGCAGUCCGAAAAGGACUUUCUGGCUCAACACUACGCCGGCCUCCCCUUAGCAGACACGGGCGCUAACCAAAUACCCCAUAUUCCCGCACUUAUACCUGAAGCGCCAGCAGCCCUGCAGCAACCCCAGAUCGUCACCGAGACCAGGAGUACGGGCACGACAGCGGCGGGAUCCACAGGCCUCACGAUAACCACCAUCACUACCACAGGUACGGGCGCGGGCGCCACCACCACGACGAGAACGAUAACCGGACCCGAUGGAACCGUCCUCGUCCCUCCUCCCAUCCCCGCUCACCCGGGCUGCGAACUCUCCCCGCAGAUGGCCAAAGUGAUGGACGAGUAUGGAAUCGAGCAUGUCUGCGAUUACUUGCGAGCCAAGAAGUUGCUCAGAGACAAGAUAGUAAAGAAAGUCCUUGAUAACACGCAGGACAAACUCAUGGAACUGCUGCAGAAAGAACUUGAUCGAAUGAGUAGCGAAGAAGAGGAGGAGGAGGAGGAGGAUGCCGAUCUCGACCUUCUUGACUCUGACAUGGAAGAUGGCGGCGAGACGACGGGUCGUCGCCAGGAGGGUGAAGUGGACUGGACCUUUGCGGGUUGA